GAUAACUUGAAUCACAGCUCCACCGGACUUUAUUAAAAAUUUUGGCAUCAGGUCCGUUCAGAAAUCAGAACAUCUCAAAUCUGAGGCAAAGAAUGUCGGCAAUGUUCAUCAGAGCAGAAAACGUCGUCGUUUCCGAUAACUAAGUCACAUUCUCUCUCUCUCUCUCUCUCUCUCCAAUGAGGCCGCACAAGCAAGUACCCUCCGUUAACCGGAGACCCACCGUUCUGUAUCUGGUGUGUGCGGCUGCAUUCUUCUCCCUGUUCCUCUUCUACCUCCAAUCCUCUUUCUUCGCAGGCUCUCUCUAUUCGGAUCGCAACUCCGAAACAAUCCGCGUCUUGUCUAACUUCCAGUCCACUGUUCAGCACUGUGUGGAUAACAGGGGGCUUGGACUCACUGCACAUGUUGUUGAUCAUUGCAAAUUGAUCCUUAAAUACCCCAAAGAUACCAACAGCACUUGGUACAAUACGCAGUUUAACAAAUUUGAGGAUUUGGAGUACCAUUAUGAUGUGUGUGAGACAAUCCUACUGUGGGAACAGUAUCGGAACAUGACUACGGUGUUGACCAGAGAGUAUCUUGAUGCUCGCCCUGGUGGUUGGAUGGAUUAUGCUCCACUAAGGAUAGCGCAAUUGGGGACAAAGAAGUGCACUAACAAGACUCUUUGUGAAGAGAACCUCAAUAUAUUGUUACCUGCAAAGCCCCCAUUUCAUCCACGGCAGUUUCGUACCUGUGCUGUUGUUGGGAAUUCUGGGGACCUUCUAAAGACCGAAUUUGGCGAAGAAAUUGAUAGUCAUGAUGCUGUUUUUCGAGACAAUGAGGCCCCUGUUAAUGAGAAAUAUGCCAAAUAUGUUGGUCUUAAGAGGGAUUUCCGACUAGUUGUACGAGGUGCUGCUCGUAACAUGGUCCCUAUUCUAAAUGGGUCUGACACCGAGGUACUCAUAAUCAAAAGUCUGACGCACAGAGAAAUCAAUGCAGUUAUAAAGGACAAGAUACUUCUCUAAGCCUAGGAAGGGACACAAUCCACUUCAAGGAAGAGCAUACUACCAACUUCUAGAAUGCCUUGGGGUAUUUAUAUUAAUUAAAAAUUUCCACAUAAAUCGAAUAUAUAUA